AUAUAUUUGUUUGCGGCGGGUGGCUAGGGUUUCCCGUUUCCUGCCUUCACCUCUCCAGAUUUCGAGUGUGAAGAAGAAUCACUCCGAGCCAUGUCUCCGGCUAAAGUGAUUUUGCAGUGACUUCUCUCAAUCUCUUCCUUUGUACAGAAUAAUGGAUGAAGCCCAUUCAGUAAAUAGUCCAAGACGAGUUUUAAGCUUCUCAAAGAGAAAGAAGCAAAAGCCCGGUUUCCGGGAUUCAAACAGCAGAAGCAGAAGAUCAUCUCCUUUUAGUGCAUCAGAAGUGCAUGGACCCAAACCCUCAGAGGUGUAUGGUUUUGUUGGGUCUAUUUCGACUGUUGUUGCCACAGUCAUCUUCUUGAUAUGGGCGUAUGUACCAGAUAAACUGUUGGAGUCUAUAGGGAUCCAUUACUACCCAAGCCGGUACUGGGUAUUGGCUAUGCCAACAUAUUUGAUGUGGACUUUAAUGUUAACAUUGGUGUUUUAUAUUGGUCUCAACUUUAUCGCUACUCCACUUCCAACCUCUCUCAAUACCUUGUUUGAUGAGUACAGCAGAGAACCUGGGGAGCUUGAUCCUGGGAUGGAAGAAGGUGAAGACAGGCCUAUAGAUCCAAUUUCUGACAUAGAUAUUACAAGAAUUAAUGAUCUUAUGUUCAAUUCAUGUGAUGUCAAGUGAUGCUAUGUUUUGAGUAAUAAUCUUUUGUUUGAAUUCUAAACCAUCUUCAGCCAUUAAUAUAAUGGAUUAUGAUUGCCCCAAA